GGAGAGUAUCAGAGGUGAUGAACUGCAGACGAGAAUAGUCAGCAGCCAGCAUGAGCGGAGAGUCAAACAAAGCAAUUGGAGUCAUAGGUGCUCCUUUUUCAAAAGGACAGCCAAAGGGCGGUGUGGAAGAAGGACCCUCACAUUUGAGAAGAGCUGGAUUAAUUGAGAAGCUUAGAGAACUCGAAUAUGAUGUUAGAGACUAUAGUGAUUUAGAGUUUGCAGAAGUUCCUCAGGAUCCCGUAUUUCAAAAUGUGAAAAAUCCGCGCACUGUUGGUCAGGCUACAGAAAAACUGGCCAAUGAGGUGGCUGAAGUGAAGAAGAGUGGCAGAACAUGCCUUGUGCUUGGUGGUGAUCACAGCUUGGCAGUUGGGACAAUUGCAGGACAUGCAAGGGUUCACCCUGAUCUAUGUGUAGUUUGGGUGGAUGCCCACGCAGAUAUCAACACUCCCCUGACAUCACCCAGUGGCAACCUACAUGGACAACCAGUCUCUUUCCUUAUAAAGGAACUCAAAAACAAGAUGCCGGAUAUUCCAGGAUUCUCAUGGGUGAAACCAUGUCUGUCUGCAAAGGAUAUUGUCUACAUUGGGCUUAGAGACAUUGACCCAGGAGAACACUGGAUUCUGAAGACACUUGGUAUAAAAUUCUAUUCAAUGUCUGAAGUAGAUAACCUUCAAAUUAACAAAGUGAUGGAGGAAACAAUUAACUACCUGGUUGGCAAAAAGAAGAGGCCAAUCCACUUAAGCUUUGACAUAGACGGUUUAGACCCUAGCAUUGCACCGGCUACAGGCACACCUGUCCCUGGAGGGCUGACUUACAGAGAAGGGAUGUACAUCACAGAACAGCUUUACAAAACAGGCCUACUUUCAGCUGUGGAUAUGAUGGAAGUCAACCCAUCUCGUGGAGCAUCAGAGAAAGAUGUUCAGCAAACAGUUAACACUGCUCUUAACAUGGUUUUAUCCUGUUUUGGAAAUGCACGUGAAGGAUUCCAUGGAUCAAAAUUUUCUUUUCCAGAUCCAAAAUGAAAUAAUGUUUAAUGCCCAGCUGAAUCUUGUGGACUCUGUGACUUUCAGUAAUAUCCCCAUCAUCCUCCUGCUCCUACAGUCUUCAUAAACAUAACCUAUUUUUGGCUAAAGCCAUACAAUAUACAGUUUUGCAAAGGACCUUAAUAAAAUAACCCUCAUUAUUAUAUUUUAGAAUUUGUUGCUGUUUUUGGUAACAAAAAAGGAAACUUAAAAAACAGUAUAUUAUUUAUAAAGUAUCCACAAUUCAAAUAAUUGUCACUGCAUCUUUUUAACACAAGUGUUUCUGUGUUCAGAAAUCUAAGCUUAGGCAGGUACAACAAGUAUUAGAUUUAUGCCACAGUCAUAUAUUUAGGCACUGCCUAAUUAAAUAGGGGUCACCACACAGUAUACAUAUCCCCAUUUGUACCUAGUGAGGUAGCUACUAGCUCAUGGGCUCCUUAUUGCUAACCAUAAAACACAUCUAAUUAAAAAAAGAAACAUAAAUCGUCUGAUCCACUGCACUGGUCAGCAAAAUAUGUGUAUAAUUAUAGAACAUGGUUUGCAAAUGUUUUAUGUUAAUCAGACAAGAAGUUGCCCCCUUCCAAAUGCAGUAGCCCGUAUUCAGUAACCGUGCAGGAACUCCGUUCCCAUGCGUUCCCACUGGACUUGACCCCUGAGUAACCUAUAUUGUUUAAUGAAAAAAAAUAUCCCUGCAUACAGCUACAGUUGCUGCUGUUUAUUACUCAGGAACUGAACUCUAGGCUAGCUCUUAAAAAUCCACCGUGUAUUUAUUGACAAUAACAACUAUGUAAUUUAUAUGGCAGACAAUACUUUGUUUUUCACCGGUAUCAUUUAUGCAGCAUUGCCACAAAUUCAAGCCAGUUAAGAACAUCCAUUACAUUUAUAUUAAAAUCAGCCAAUCAAGUAUUUAAACAGACUAUUAUAAGUUGUAGGAUGAUCCAAGUAACAUGUUUAUCAAUAUAAACAUAAAUAAAUCAAUCAUACGAAAACUGUAGCAAAACAAAGUAAAUUAUAAUGCAAAAUGUGUUAAUGUUAUAAACCAUAUCUUAAUUAAACUUGAUUGACUUUUUAUAAAAUAUGAUUAUUUCAAUAAAAAUAGUUUUAAUUGUGAAA